AUGUCAAACUCCGACGGCCUCGACUGGACCGCCCGGGCGGCCGACGGCGCGGUGCGCGGUCUCGGCCUGGGGUUUCUGUGGGCGGUGUGGCAUGCGCGGCAGGAGGUUCAGCGCGUGCCUCGAAUCGCCGCGCCGGCCGCGCUUGCGCAGCUGUUCGGUUCGUCGGUGUUGGGGUUCGGUGCACUGCUUUGCGGCUACUCAGGGCUCUUCUCACUCGCCGAACCCCACGCUGGGAAGCUGCCGGCAGCGGGCAUCGCCGGCGCCAGCGUUGGGCUUGUGAUCGGUGCAUAUGUCUGGCCGGCGCAGAGCUGGCAGCUGAUCGGCUGGCAGACCGCCGGCUUCUCGGCUCUGUGUGCCGCGUGCCAACUGUUCACACUGCCGCCGCCCGACAUGGACGGCCAUAGGCCACGGCGUUGA